AUGGGGAAGGACCAGGAACUGCUCCAGGCGGUUAAGACCGAGGACUUGCUGACAGCGCAACGCCUCCUGCAAAGACCUCGGCCGGGAAAAGCUAAGCUACUUGGAGCAGCAAAGCGGGUGAAUGUCAAUAUCCAGGAUCCAGACGGGCUGUCGCCGCUGCAUCAUGCUGCCCUGAGUGGUAACAAGGAGCUGAUCUCCCUGCUGUUAGAGGCCCAGGCAGCAGUUGAUAUGAAGGAUCACAAAGGCAUGCGUCCUCUGCAUUAUGCUGCGUGGCAGGGGAAGACUGAGCCAAUGAAAAUGCUGCUGAAGGCAGGCUCAUCGGUCAAUGGCCAGUCAGACGAAGGCCAGAUCCCUCUCCACUUAUCAGCUCAGCAUGGACACUACGAUGGGUCAGAGAUGUUGCUGCAGCACCAGUCAAAUCCAUGUAUCUCAGACUCAGCUGGAAAGACACCUCUGGACCUUGCUUGUGAAUUCGGACGUGUUGGGGUGGUGCAGCUCCUGCUCAGUAGUAACAUGUGUGCAGCCAUGCUGGAGCCAAAGCCCUCUGACCCUAAUGGAGUGUCGCCUCUCCACCUGGCUGCAAAGAAUGGGCACAUUGAUGUCAUACGGCUGCUGAUUCAGGCUGGUAUAGACAUUAACAGACAGUCUGAGUCUGGCACAGCACUGCACCAGGCUGCCCUCUGUGGGAAGACAGAGGUUGUGCGCCUACUGCUGGACAGUGGUAUCAGUGCGGGGGUGAGGAACACGCUUUGUCAGACAGCUUUGGACAUCGUCAACCAGUUCACCACCACACAGGCCAGCCGGGAGAUCAAACAGCUGCUGAGAGAUGCGUCAGCUGCGAUGCAGGUGCGAGCACUGAAGGAUUACUGCAACAACUACGACCUCACCAGUCUGAACAUCAAAGCUGGAGACAUUAUCACGGUGUUGGAACAGCAUUCUGAUGGCCGAUGGAAGGGCUGCAUUCAUGACAACCGGACUGGGAAUGACCGUGUCGGUUACUUCCCCUCCAACAUGGUGGAAGUCAUCAAGAGGGCAGGCCACACACCCUCCCAGCAGUGCCACACCCUCCUGCUCCGCAGGCCCAACCCCUGUCCUAUUGCCUCAGUCAACGGACAGUCAUACCCACCCUCCCAAGUCCUCCCCUCUCAUCUGCCCCUUCCUCCUCCCCUCAACCCCAGUGCACAGUCUCUUCCUCUCUUCUCCUCCUUUGGGUAUGUUCCUCUUCCUCUCUCCCCCCCCCAUCUCUCCGCUCCUCCGCCCCCCCCUCUCUCCACUUCUCAGGAGCAGCAGAGUCAGACAGGCCAGCGGGCAUCCGAGCCGAGUCCCCAGGGCUCUCCCACCCUGAGCCACCAGGGCGGGACCAGUGAGGACGUUUGGGUGCUCCGCAAACCUCUAGCAGGUGGAGAGCGCAGUGGGAGUGUGGGAAGCAUUUCAAGUGUUCGUUCCUCGAGCAGCAUGCAGAGCUCUGGUAACACACAUGUUCUGAACACACCUGCACCCAGUCCACACGCCGCUCCCACACCUGGCCUCAACACUCACGGCCUUAAUGCCCCGGGCCUCCACGCACAGGCAGAGGGGGUCAAGCUCCUGGCCACUGUGCUGGCUCAGUCAGUAAAGGCUAAGGAGCAUCUCAUGGAGCAGUCUCAGUCUGUGGAGCAAUCAGCAAGUUCUUCCAGCUGUCCAGUACAUGAGCAGCGGUCGUUUGAGCGUAAAACAGAGGAGGAUGAUGGGAAAAAGCAGGCAGUAGUGGCGUGGCUGGGUGAUUUUCAGCUGCAGUUCUACACCACCCACUUCCUCACCGCGGGAUAUGAUCUAGACACCAUUAGCUGCAUGACCCCUGAGGACCUGACAGCAAUUGGGGUUAUGAAGCCAGGACACCGCAAGAAACUGACGUCAGAGAUCAGCAAGUUUCCAUCCACAGACUGGCUGCCAGAUCACAAGCCUGCCAACCUGGCAGAAUGGCUUUCUCAGCUGGGUCUUAGCCAGUACUACCAGGUGCUGGUUCAGAAUGGGUAUGAAAACAUCGACUUCAUCACUGACAUCAGCCUUGAAGACUUGCAAGAGAUUGGCAUCAGCAAGCUCGGACAUCAGAAGAAGUUGAUGUUAGGGGUGAGGAGGUUAAAAGAGCUACAGAGAGGGGGAAGCAUCUCAGAGUCUCCCCUCAGCCCUUGUACACCCCCAUCCAGCCCAGGGGGAAGUACAAGUUCAGAGGGCAGCUUGGCCCGGAGAGAGGGAAGGAAGCAGAGGGAUAGCGCCCCCAGCCCACUGGCCAAAUCUCGCCCAAGUCACACACCCUCACAGACGCCGCCACAUACACCAACACAAACCCCACCACAAACCCCCACGCACAUAAAGACCCAGCAUGCCUCCCCUAGGGCACGCCCACGCCCCUCUACCCAGAUGGCUGCAGCUGAUUCAUCUGUGCCGAUGCUAUGCUUGCCCAGUGAGGAGGAGGAGAGAAGGGGGACACACAGCUUAACUGGCGGUUCCUCCUCUGAGACAGACUCCACCACUAGAUGCACCACUGUGUGCCGCAGCAGCUCUGCCCAUAACACUACCUCCAAUGAUAUCACUGUCAAUCGCAGCCAGUCAUCUGUCACACUUCGACCUCGUCGGAAAGGCCGGCCCCCUACACCUCCUAAACGGUCCUGCUCUUCCAUCACUGGGGGUGACAGGGAGGUCGAGGGGCAGGGGGAGGGCCUGCUGGGACUGCCGACCUAUCGUGAGCGGCGAGCCAGUGACUGUGGUGGCCUUGGUUCAGCUCUAAGGGCUCAUGGGUCAGAGAGCCUGGAGAGGUCUGAAGGGACCUCUGGGAGUGUCCGCAGCCUCGCAGCCAUGUUGGAAACAUCCAUUGGGGGUGGGGCUAAAACUCUGCCUAGGAAUCUGGGAAGCAGCAACAACUACUUGCAGGUGAGUCCGGCCAUACUUCGACGCCAGGCAGGGUCAGGUGGUCUAGGUUCUGAGGAAGAUGAUGUCAUUAGCCGGCGCAGGACCAUUAGUGGGCCAGUAGCAGGCUUCCCUGGCAAUCAACCAGACCCCUCACCAAGGCAAUCGGUCCUACCCCGUCCAGAGCCCAGACCUCGUAGCACUGUUGUCCUGGCAACAUCAGAAGUACCAGAUGGCACAGCAACACUCAGAAGAAAGCCGCGCCCCGUCGUGGCAACAGAAACUGAUACCACAGCAGUGGCUGCCACUGUUGUUACCAUGACAACCAGCUCUGACACCAUUCGCAGGAGACCACGCACUUCUGACCAUCCCACCAGCAUGAACCAAUCAGAGUUCAGUUUGCUCUGCCAUAGCCAAACAGAGAGUGGCCGUAAAACCCUUGACCAGUCGCAGCAAAACGGAGGCGUGGUCCUGAGGCGGAAACCAUUGUCUGAGGUCUCUGACUGCAUGGAGGCUAACAGGGAAAGCUGUGAAUGGAUGGAGGCCCGGAAGGCUCUAAAACCCCCUGUCUCACCCAAACCAUCCACAGUCAACCUGAGGAAGACACAAACUGACCCCCCAACCCCAACACGCAGGGUCCCCAUACCUGGGCCCGAUCAGGCUGGUACUGCACAAAGCCCAGAGGGGAAGCGCGUUCCUCCACCUGUAUCCCCAAAGCCCCGUGGUCCUCCAACAGCACCCAAACCAGGUAAAGCAGCAGUGGUGUCUGCUACCACAAGCCCUGUUGCUACCAGCCCAGCUGCAGCCAGCCCAACCUCUGCUUCCAAACCUUCCUCCCCACACCCUGCGUCCCCCCUUCCAGCUCCCGAGACCCCCACUGCCACCUCCCUCUCCCCUGGACUUCCUCUCACUUCUCCAUCUCCAGCCCAAAGUCCCUCCACACCCUCCCCCCACCCUGUCAAACCCCCACGUUCCUCAAUUGCUGGCCUCUCCAUCGACCUGCUGGGAGGAAGGGAGCAAGAGGAGGAGGAGGAGAAAAGGAUAGAUGAGAGGGAGAACAAAAAGCACAAAGAACAAGAGGACGAGAGGAAGAGGGCAAAGCAGGAGCAAAGACAGAUGGCUGGAAAAAGUGCAAAAAUGGUGGAAGGGGGAGAGGACGGUGAGGGCUACGGAGAGGAGGGAGAGGAAGAUGUGCAGCAGCGAUUGGAGGAGACCAGUGCCUCCUUGGCAGCAGCCUUGCAAGUUGUGGAGCACAAAAUCACACAGGACGACUCGCAGAAUGACUCUCUUCAAAGCAAAAAGACAACAGUCUCCAUUUUGGAUGACAUCGGCAGCAUGUUCGAUGAUUUAGCAGACCAACUGGACGCCAUGCUGGACUGAACUCCUUCCUAUAUCUCCACCACAGGUCCUUUUCCCUGCUUCCCAUGAAUAUA